AUGGCAGUUUACUGGAAGCUCCCAACUUCUGAAGGGGAGAAUGCUGCUGUUGCUUCCGGUACUCCUCAACUGACAAGGCUUGCGAAUGUCUUGAGAGCUAUAUCCCACACUCUCGGAUCAAUCUCGUUGGCUUUCGUCUUGAGUGUCUCCUUACUAGGUGGCCCGGCUGCUUUCAAAACCCUCAGGGGCCCUGGAUUCCGCGUAGAGAAAUCCUUUAGAAGAGACCCUUCAGACUAUGUCCUGGACAAUGAUUGGGACGUAUACUCAACCUCUACAACCCGAAGCUAUAACUGGACCAUUUCUGAGAUUGAGGCUGCGCCCGAUGGUAUCCUGCGUACGCUCAUAGUUAUCAACGGCCAAUUUCCGGGGCCCCUCGUUGAAUGCAACGAAGGUGAUACCAUUGUGAUAGAUGUUUACAAUGGUGCCACUAAUUCUACUUCGCUUCAUUGGCACGGGCAGUACCAGAACGGAACAAAUUGGAUGGACGGGACUGCGGGCGUUACAAAUUGUCCCAUCCCCCCUGGCAAGUCAUUCCGUUACGAGUUUACCGUUCGGGAGCAAUGGGGGACAUACUGGUAUCAUGCGCACUUUUCAACAUCGAGGAUAGAUGGGUUAUUUGGCCCAUUUAUAAUCCAUUCGCCGAAGGAGAGCAUUCAGGGCGAUACGGAUAGGAUAGUUAUGGUUCAUGACUAUUAUCACGACCUAUCGGCUGCACUUUUGCCGCAGUACCUUGCUCCAGACAGUGAGAAUGAUGAGCCUGUUCCGGAUGGUGCCUUGAUAAACGGCAUGGGUAUCUGCUCCACCUGCGAGCCCUCUUUAGGCAAGCUUGCCACGUUCGGUUUGGAUAGAGGCAAAACCCACCGUCUAAGAUUCAUCAAUGUUGGAGCCUUUGCUGAAUUUGACGUGGGGAUUGACCAGCACGAGCUCUCACUCGUCGAAGUUGAUGGUGUGGAGGUUGAGCCCUAUAGCCUCCACAGGUUUCGAAUUAAUGUUGCUCAACGAUACUCGGUUAUCCUUCAUGCAAAUCAACCCACCAAUUCGUACUGGCUGCGUGCCCGGAUGAUUGCUCAUUGCUUCGCUGAGAUCCCGGAGGAUUUGAGGCCGGAGGUACUUGGUAUCGUGCGAUACACUUCUAACGAGGAGGCACCAACCACAAAGGGAUGGGGGGAGGCGAUGGAGCUGGAGUGCAAAGAUCUCAACACCUCCGAGAUUGUCCCAGCGGCUGCCAUGUCCGCUCCUGAGCCUGAUGUGCUCAUGUACCUCCGAAGUAACUUUGAAAUCGGGGCUUACCGCUUGAGCAGGGGGUUCUUCAAUAAGACUUCCUGGCGCCCUGCAGAGGUACCCACGUUACUACAAGCCGUUGGUGGGCUCGCAAGAGUUAACAUAUCGUUCCCAUCUGAGGGUGUCCUCCCGGUGUAUGACAUCAACCGGCAAAUGGUUUACAGAAUCGAUGGAAUUAAGACAGUCGAUCUCCUGAUUGAUAAUUUCGACGACGGGAACCAUCCUUUCCACCUUCAUGGUUACAAAUUCUGGGUCCUAGGACAGGGGCGCGGAUACUUUGACAAGUCAACAUACGCUGCCCUAAAUACCACAAACCCACUACGCCGUGAUACUGUCACCAUCGAAGCCUACGGUUGGGUCCUUAUUCGCUUCGUGGCGGAUAACCCUGGGAUGUGGGCUUUUCAUUGUCACAUAGCAUGGCACGUAGAAGCAGGAAUGCUGAUGCAAUUUCUCACUCAGCCAGACAUCGUUGCGCGCUGGGAAGCCCCCGAGGAUGUAAAAGGGUUCUGCGCCCAUCCGGAGGACCAGAGGGGUGGUGGGAUACCCGACGAAGACUUUUAUGAGCAGGCGAGGGGGCCAUCGGGUGGUGAAUGAUUUUUCGGUGGCUAUAAUUUUGAGUUACCUUUGGAGUUCGGGCUCGUUGUAGGAAUAUCCAUCACCUGUAUCAUAUAAGGAUUAAAGACCCGGUACCACGCAGACUUAACGCACACCGGAACGCCAGUUUUCGAAGAGACCACUUGAUAGUAUCACCGCUGGUAGGUUCUUCACAAAUACAGUGGAUAUUUAUCC